AUGUGUGUGGACUAUAGGACGCUGAGCUGGUGCACCGUCUCUGACCAGUAUACUGUCCUGAGGACUGAAGACAUGCUGGCCUGUCGGAGUGGUGCAAAGUGGUUCAGUGUGCUGGACUUAAGGAGUGAAUGUUACCAGAUCCCCAUGGGUGAGGUUGACAAAAAGAAGACAGCAUUUAUAUGUCCACUGGGAUUCUUCCAGUUUGAAAGGAUGUCCCAGGGCAUCUCGGGAGCCCCUGCAACCUUCCAGUGGGUCAUGGAGAAGACUGUAGGGGAUAUGAACUUGCUUGAGGUAAUGGAUUGGCUUCUUUACUCACUUGGAAGCUUCCUUCAGCCAUUAGCACAGUUGUACAAAGCAAAUUGCUUUAUCUUUCUGAGGUACCUGUUCAUGCACUUCGACUUUAUUUUAGAUGCAGAACUUUGCCAAAUGCAUGAAAUCAGCUGUGGCCCUGGAUCACAUCAAUGUAUUCCUAUCUCUUGGAAAUGUGAUGGACAAAUGGAUUGUGGUAAAGGCAGUGAUGAAGAGAACUGUGACAUCCUCACCUGCAGUCCAACAGCAUUUAUCUGCUCUGAUGGCCGAUGCAUAUCCAAGACAUUUGUAUGUAAUGGUGAAGUUGACUGUGGUGAUGGAAGUAAUGAAAAAGGCUGUGCUCCACCUUCCUGUGGCCCAAACGAAUUUCAUUGCAGUAGUUCAGAAUGUAUCCUGCUUUGUUGGGUAUGUGAUCCUAAUGCUGAUUGUGCUGAUCAGUCUGAUGAAUCUCUGGACCAGUGCAAACACAUUCUUCCUCCAUUGACUUGUCCUCCAAAUGAGAUUCAGUGUGGUUCAGGUGAAUGUAUCCACAGUCAUUGGUUUUGUGAUGGAGAUACUGACUGCAGAGAUGGAACUGAUGAAAUUAAUUUGCCAUGUGGUGUUGGUGCCUGCAUUCAGAAUUACAGGAAGUGUAAUGGACAAAGAUUCUGUCUUGACAGGAGCGAUGAAUUUGGUUGUGGAAGUGCUGCAGUGUGCAAUGAACGUACUGACUUCAGAUGUGGAAGUGGAGAAUGUAUUAAUAUAACAGAAGUGUGCAAUCGACAUCGGGACUGCAGAGACUGGAGUGAUGAACCUGCCCAAAAAUGUAAUGUGAAGGAAUGCCUACUGAAUCAAGGUGGCUGUUCUCAUAUCUGCAAGGAUCUGGUUAUUGGCUAUGAAUGUGAUUGUCCUGCGGGUUUUGAGUUAAAUGAGAAAAGCUGUGGUGAUGAGUGUGAAAAUCCUGGAGCCUGCACAAACUUGGAAGGAAGCUUUCUGUGUGAAUGCCAAAGUGGAUAUCGCGUUGAUCCAGCGAGUGGAACUUGCAAAGCUGUGGGAGAAGAACCUUACUUAAUCUUCACCAAUCACCAUGAUAUCAGGAAACUUGGUCUGCAUCACCAAGAGUAUGAGCCAGUGCUUGCACACCUGAGAAAUGUUGUUGCACUCGAUGCUGAUAUUGCAGAGAAGAGAAUCUUCUGGGCUGACUUGGGAGAGCGUGCAAUCUUUAGUAUGCUAAUAGACAGCAACAAAGGCAACCGUGAUAUUUCCAGAAUAAUUAACAACAUAUGCAUUCAUGUGGGAAUUGCAGUGGACUGGAUUUACAACAACAUAUACUGGACUGAUAUGGGUGCCAGAACUAUAUCCAUAGCAAGCUAUGAUGGAAGACGAAUGAAGACUCUGUUUGACAGUAACUUGAGGGAGCCAGCCUCUAUAGCACUUGAUCCACUGUCCGGGUAUAUGUAUUGGUCAGACCGGGGUGAACCAGCAGUAAUUGAAAAAGCAGGAAUGAUUGGUAUUGAUCGCAAACUCCUUGUGACCACAGACAUCCAAUGGCCAAAUGCCAUUACACUCGAUCGUGUGAAAAACCGACUCUAUUGGGUUGACUCCAAGCUGCACACACUGUCAAGUAUAGACGUGGUUGGAGAAGAUAGAAGAACUGUGUUGUCUUCACAUGGAUUUCUUGGUUAUCCCUUUGGUGUGUCCUUGUUUGAGGACUCAAUCUUCUGGAUUAAUUGGGAGAUUAAUGCUAUUUAUGGAGCUAACAAAUUUACAGGAGAGAAUCUAAUGACUUUAAUCUCCAACAUUAAGGAAGCUCAUGAUAUAAUUGUCUAUCAUGAACUAGCACAGCCGGCAGGUAGAGAUUGGUGUAAUGUAAACUUGAAGAAUGGAGGAUGCAAAUAUAUGUGUCUGCCAGCUCCUCCGAUAGACAAUCACUCUCCAAAGUUUACCUGUGCAUGUCCAUUUGGGAUGGAGUUGCAGAAUGAACAGAACUGCACAACAGCCUUAGAUUAUUUAAUUAUUGCUACAACUAGUGGAAUAAACCAUUGGGAUGGGGAAAGAUGUGGUUAA